AUGAUUUGGCAAAAAUAUAUUUUUAUUUUUAACAAAAUGCAAAGUCUAAUAAUUCUUCAAAUAUAUAAUUGUUGCAUGAGUGCAUUCAAAACUUCUCGUAACAAAGAAUUUACAAUAAACCCAAGCUUUAAAGACGUCAGUACCAGAAGGCCAGCAUCCAAGAGAGAAAACGGAAUUUUUCCAUCAAAAAAAUCAAAUUCAAUCAGCAGCAAUCAAAUCAAGUUGCCAAAGCAAGCAGAAGAUAAUUCCAAUCCUUCAAGACAUCACAGGCAGCACUCUCCAGGAUCUGUGUAUCACCAUGCAUCAAGACUAAGCCCUUGUAAUGCGUCUUCAAACUUUUCAAGCUCAUUUUCAGGUAGUGUUGAAAUUAUAAUGAGCGAACUUGACAAUCCAAAAGAAGAAGAUGGAACUGAAAAUGUUGAGAAAAUAAAUUUUAUUUUUAAAUGCAAAUCACCUAAUAAUGGUUUAAGUUUAAUGAAUUUCUCUAGCACAUUGAGUAUCUUGUAAGUCUUCUUAACUUGAGGUUCAACUACGAUAACAGCUCUGAACAACGGUAGGUGCGGCCUAACCGUCGAACCGUUAAAGUUAUCGAGCUUUUUCAGACUUCUUUAGUCAAUGCCAGAAAUAAUGGCUUAUAUUAAUGCCAUUUUAAUGAGCACCAAAUAUUGAGAAGAAAAAUGAAGAUCAUAAAUUGAAUUUUGACGAAAUUUCUGAAUUAGAGCAAGAUACUUCUAAAAAAAUAACAAAACAGCAAGGAAAAAAAGAUGUAUUAAAACAUCCCUGGAAUGAAGAUUUGCCUGCUAGAAAAGAAAUCCAAAAAGCAGAAAAUUCAAGUUUUGUGAUUUUAAAUCAAGGGAUGACACAAAUUCUUAAUAGCUUUGAGAUGAAAAAACAAGAAGUUGAAGCUACAAAAAGACUUGUGAAGCAGCAGCUCUUAGGACUAUUUACAAAAGAUGAAACCAAUAAUAAAAAUGAGGUUAGGGAACACAAAAGUAAGGCAAAAAAUCUAUCUGCAGAUUUAAUAGAAAAUAAUUCGAAAAUAAAGCAAGAUAUCAGUCCACAUCUUUAUCAUUCCCGAGGUAAAAAAUAG